CAUAGUCGCGGUGCAUUGUGGGAAGGUUGUGGUCCUCCAGCGGCUCGGUUCGGAAUAAUGUCUGCCUCGGAGGAAGCGGACGGUUCUUCCCCGGGAUUGUGCCCCAGCUUCGCCGUGAUCUGCUCGUUUCUUGAGCGGUACGGAGCUCUGCUGGACCUGCCGGAGGUGUCGUUCCCAGAGCUGGAGCGCAGCCUGCAGGACAGCAGCGCGGUACCCAAACUUCUUGUGGACCUUCACGUGAAAUUAUUAAGGAAAAUUGGCAAAUCUGUGUCUGCAGAGAGAUGGGAGAAAUAUCUCAUAAAGAUCUGUCAGGAGUUUAACACAACAUGGGCAUGGGAGUUGGAAAAAAAAGGUUAUCAAGAGUUGACAGUGGAGUGUAAGACAGGAAUAUUGAAGUAUUUGUGUGAAUGCCAGUUUGAUGACAAUGUCAAGUUUAAAAAUGCUAUCAAUGAAGAAGACCCGGAUAAAAUGCGACUUCAGCCCAUUGGCCGAGACAAAGACGGACUCAUGUACUGGUUCCAGCUGGACCAAGACCAUAAUGUGAGGAUCUAUGUGGAAGAACAGGAUGAUUUGGAUGGGUCGUCCUGGAAAUGUAUAGUAAGAAAUAGAGAUGACCUGGCUCAGAUUCUUGGACUCUUGAAGACUCAGAUCGAUCCAGCGCUCCUGGUAAAAAAGGAACAGGAGGAGGGCUCGUCUAGUAACAGUCCAAAUCCAGAUAAUGAGGAGAACAAAAAGAAAGAGGGAGCUGAAGUGGAGAAGUCACAAGAUGAUUUGUCCAAAUCUGAAAAUAAGGAAAACAUAUUAGAGAAAGAAAAUAAAAAGGAAGAAGAUGCAGAUGCCACAGAUGCUUUGUCCGAAAAGGGUUUAAAGGUGAAAGAGGAGCUGAAGAAACAUUCAGAGACCGCAAACGGCUCUGGCGUUAUUGCUGGAUCAAUCAAAGAAGAGCCACAGGCCGAUGAGAAAGUCUUUUCAGCACCUUCAAAGAAAGCAGAACAGACAGAGGAGGUAAAGAGAAAAACGCUAGAAGAGACCCAAAGAGCACUGAAAAAUGACCAUCAAGCUAAAAUCCCCCUGAAAAAGCGAGAGAUGAAGCUAAGUGAAGACUUUGACAGCAACAGCACAGGACUUCGAAAUGCUCCGAUAAAAGAAUCAAGGACGUGUUUCGAUGAUAGCAGGUCGAGUGCUGAAAAGAUCAAUGGCCAUGUACCACACCUUCAAAAAGAAGCAACCGAUUCAGAAGGUCUCUCUCGCUUUGAAUCCAAUGAAAGAGCAAAAGACGCCCAGGCGGAUGAAACGAUGGACACAAAUGAAACCAGAUUGCCCUCUGAAGAGAAGAUGGAAGUAGAGAAGCAUGAGGAGAACAAGAAAGCUUCAGCUAAACAGCACAAAACAACUCCUGCGGAAGAAAAACCUUCAACCGUAAGUAAACGGUCAGAAAAGACACCUGGUCCGGAAGAAGUAACUAUUGAAGAAAAUAAAACACCACCUGAAGAGUCAGCAAAAGAUCUGCCAAAAGAGAAAUCGAUUAAAGAUAUUCCAAACAGAGAGUCAAAAGAAGAAUCAUUGAAAGAAAGCAAAGAGUCAAAAAAAGAUUCAUUGAAAGAUGCCCCAAGCAAAGAAUCAAAAGGAGAAUCAUUGAAGGAAAGCAAAGAGUCAAAAAAAGAUUCAUUAAAAGAUGCCCCAAGCAAAGAAUCAAAAGAAGAAUCAUUGAAAGAUGCCCCAAACAAAGAAUCAAAAGGAGAAUCAUUGAAAGAAAGCAAAGAAUCAAAAAAAGAUUCAUUGAAAGAUGCCCCAAGCAAAGAAUCAAAAGGAGAAUCAUUGAAGGAAAGCAAAGAGUCAAAAAAAGAUUCAUUGAAAGAUGCCCCAAGCAAAGAAUCAAAGGGAGAAUCAUUGAAGGAAAGCAAAGAGUCAAAAGAAGAAUCAUUAAAAUAUGCCCCAAGCAAAGAAUCAAAGGGAGAAUCAUUGAAAGAUGCCCCAAGCAAAGAAUCUAAAGGAGAAUCAUUGAAAGACGCCCUCAGCAAAGAAUCAAAAGAAGAAUCAUUGAAGAAAAGCAAAGACUCAAAAGAAGAAUCAUUGAAAGAUGCCCCAAGCAAAGAAUCAGCAAAAUCAAAAGAUGAUAAAACUAAAGCUCUUUCAAAAAAAGAAUCAUUGCAAGAUACCUCAAAUGAAAAGUCAGCAAAAUCUCUCAAAGAGGGUGCAACAAAUGAUCCAUCAAACAAAGAAUCAUCAAAAGAUCUUGCAAGCGAAGAGGCGUUGAAAGAUCAGCCUGCAAAAGAGCCGACAGUGAAAGAAGAUUCGAUGAAAGAUCUCCCAAAUCAAGAACCAACAAAAAAAGAGUCGCAGAAAGUUCUCCCAGAAAAAGAGUCGCAGAAAGUUAUUCCAAGUCAGAAAUCUAAAGACCAAGAACAGCCAAUGGAAACUGAAUCAUUCCAGUCAUCAAAAUCAAAAGAGUCCCGGGAAAUAAUCAAACCUCAUUCUGACACAAAAAAGCCAGAGAAUGCUGAAGAAAAUAAACUUCAUGACAGCAACACAGAAAAAGAGUCAGCUGAAAAACCAUGCAUCUCAGAAGGAGACAAACUCUUAACCAGCGGAGAAACCGAGUCCAUUGGUUCUAAACCCUGUGAAGAUAUGGAUAGCCCUCAAGACAAAAAACAAGAGAAGUCUGGCUCCUCCAAAUCAAAAAUGGAUAUUAAAAAAUCCUCUGUUUCUGAUUCCAAAAAGUCAGAAACAACAAAGAAAGUAGAUGCUGAGGACAAAUGUGAUGCAGCUGAAACGGCUAAAAGUAACAAAUCGGAAACAGCAGAAGACAAAGAUAAAAAUAAUGAAACUGUGAAAACAUCACAUGAAGAUAAAGCUUCAGAAAAACCCAACGAAUCAGACCGAGAACAUGAAAAACAACCAGGUUCAAGGGACGGGAAUCAAAUGGAAACUGAUUCGGAGAUCCCUAAAACUGCUGAGGAGACAACAAAAGAAAGUGUGAAGGAAGCCAAUGUUCCUGUGGAUAAAAGCACCAGCAAACAAUCAGAGCGAGACGCGACUUCUGAAAAAAGCAAGGCUUCCGUUGUUGUUCAAGAAAAGAGUAAAAGCAUUAAAAAACCAGGACGGCCUUCAAAGAAAUCUCACGAGAGUCAGGAUAAGGAUAAAACUGUAGAAGAGGAAGAAGAUGAUGGAAAGCGACAGGGAAGAGUUCCUCUGAAGAUGAAGAAACCAGCUCACAGAAGGAAGGCAGAGAUUCAGAGAGAAGAGCUGAAGGGAGAUUCGGAGUCUGAGACGACGGAUGGACGGUGUUUGAGAAGGUCUCCCAGAAUCUGCAGACCCACUGCUAAAGCCGUAGAGAUCCAGGAUAAGAAGGCGGAGCGGAAACAGGCCACACCGGAGAAGGAGAAGGAGGAAGAAGAAGAAGAGGAGGAGGAGCCUGUACAGAGGAAACCGAGGAAAGCAGAGCCAGAUGGGCAGACAAAACCAAAGCAGGUGGGGAGACGUCGAAAACGACAACCGUGGUCUCGCAUGAGGCGUAAAAAGAAAUCUUCAGAGGAUGAGGAAGAUGAAGAGGAGAGCGAAAGUGAGGAAGAGGAGACAGAGGAGGAUGACAGCGAUGAAGACUACAAGGUGGAGAAGAGCAAGAAGAGACGGAGAAACCGAAACCGUGAGCGGCGCAGCUCUGACUCCUCCACCUCUUCAUCAGAAGACGAUACACCCAAUGACGACCCCUGCAAACACUGUGGCCUUCCCAACCAUCCUGAACUGAUCCUGCUGUGUGAUUCCUGUGACAGCGGCUACCACACUGCCUGCCUGCGUCCUCCGCUCAUGAUCAUUCCAGACGGAGAGUGGUUCUGUCCUCCCUGCCAGCACAAGCUACUUUGCGACAGACUGGAAGAGCAGCUGCUGAAUUUGGAUGCCGCCCUCAAAAAGAAAGAACGCGCAGAGCGGAGGAAAGAGCGACUAGUGUAUGUUGGCAUUAGUGUGGAGAACAUCAUCACGCCCUCUGUUGAAGUGGAGGAAGAAAAGGAAGAGGUUGUGGUGAAGGAUAAAACGGAGACUAAGAAGAGCAAAGGCUGGGGACGGAGAUCAACCAGAGCCAAGAAAUACAUAAGCUACAGAUUUGAUGAGUUUGAUGAAGCGAUCGAAGAGGCGAUUGAGGAGGACAUCAAAGAGGCAGAAGGUGGAGGAGCAGGACGAGGGAAGGACAUGGCGAACAUCACAGGCCACAGAGGGAAGGACAUGUCCACCAUCCUGCAGGAGGAAGGGAAGGAGAACGGCCGACCGCAGAGAACUAGCGCCGCACAGAAGAAGAAACGGCGGCGUCUCAAUGAUCUGGACAGCGACAGCACUGUGGAUGAGGAGGAAAGUGAAGACGAGUUCCGCCUCAGUGACAGCAGUUCUGAGGAGGAGUUUGUUGCGUCUGAAAAUGCAGAUAGUGAAGACAACGCGCCGUCCUUAGAGGACAGUGACUUCGACAGUGACGCUCUAGGUCCACGAGCGAAUCCUGCGAACAGAAAGAGGACGAGCCGGAAUCGAAACCGGAGAAAACAACCUCCGCGCAGAAGACGCAGACCCAAAGGAUACUCUGAUGAAGAGGAGCUGGAGACUGACGAAGAGGAGGAAGAGGACGAGAUGGUGACGGAGGGCUCUAGUAACUUCAGUGACAGUGAUCUGGACGUCCGCUGUCGACGCUCGUAUCGCAGCCGAAAGCAAGAGGUGAAUUACUGUGAAACUUCAGAUUCAGACGGCUCGCAGGCCAGCACCAACAAAGACAAGAAGAAGAAGCGCAGACGACUGUCCAGCUCUGACAGCGAAGCCAGUUUCCAGUCAGCGGAAUCAGAAGAAGAAGAGCGAAAACCCAAGAAGAUCAGAGCCGACUCGUCUGAGGAGGAGGAAUCCAGGAAGCGACGCAGACGUUUAUCCCUAAAGCGCCGACGGGAGUCAGAGGACGAUGACGAUGAUGAUGAUUCAGAUGAAUCCGAGGAAGAGGAGCGUCCCAUCCGGAAGCGAGUAAACCGAAUCGACUCUGAUGACUCUUCCAGCGAGAGCGAAGAAGAGGAGCAGGAGGUGAAGAAAAGCCCGCAGGAGAAAAACACAGAGGAGACGAGUGCUAGUAAAGGACCCAGUCCAAUAAACGACACCACGGCAGAGCCUCCUUCUACUAAUGGACAGAGCCCUAUAAAGGGUCUGGAGGGUGGCGCGCCUCGGCCCACAGCAGGAGCAACGUCUAAAAAUGGCAACACACCAUCCAUAGCACCCAAUGGCCUGGAAGCCGGCGCACAGGAAGAAGACGAAGACGAUCUUUUGGGAGUCACAGACCUCGUAGACUAUGUCUGCAACAGCGAACAGUUAUAACCUGGCAUUCAUCUUCAUCUUUUUGUAAACCCUCACCACAGAUCUCAUCAACAGUCCCUGUUAUAAAAGUGCCAGUGGAACAGAUUGUCCAUGACACGUUAAUAAUAAUAAUAAUAAUAGCUGUAAAUAUUUUACCGAGCAAAAAGUAUCAAGAGAAGGACACGGCAAUCCUUUCCCUGAGAUGUUUCUUCUCAAACGAAACCCUCUCUGGAAGCAAAACCUCAAAAACCUCUUUCUUUUUUACACUAAUCACUCAGCCAUCUGACAUUGGUCAUGUGUUUCGAUCUUCACUGCUGUCUGUCGCACAUUUCAAAGAGAAACCCGGAAGUGGGCGGAGUCUGUGUGAAUGGGGGAGGAGCCUGAGGUGAUGUGCGAUUCCACUCCGAGGCCAUUUUUUUUAAACAUUCGUCUUUUUUAUAAUCAACAUACGAGCGGAAGUUAAAUUUCUAGUGUCAUUUUGGUGGGGAAUUGUUUUUAUUAAGUGAUGUCAUUAUAAGCUUUGUUUUGUUACACUAUUUAUUACAGAAUUGUAAUUUGUACCUGAAAUUAUCGCUUUUGGUCGCUCGCACCGUUAAGAGCUAACGAUUCCUGGAAGUUUGUCUAACGGUGAAAAUUAUUAUUAUUAAUAUUAUUAUUUUUCUCAUGCCAACAUAUUAAAAUUCAGUUCUAGCACCAUGUGAAGUCAAACACUAUUUACGCUGGCAGCUUUUCAAUGCGUCAAAUGCCAAAUCUUCCACUUGAGGAUAAAACUGAGGACUCUCCCACGCCGUUGUGCAGUUUGUUUCUCUGUUCAUCUCAGAUUUUUCCAUCUAAGGGAUUGUUUUUUUGCCCAUCGUAUCUGUGUUACAGUGUACUAUAUUCGUUUUCUUUAUAUAAAUAUAUGAAUAUAAUCAUUGUAUUGUUUUGUUUUUCUCCACAUGCUGAUUAUGUAUUUUCAUAAAUUGCAAAGCAAUACAUUUUUCUUGCAAGACAUGCAGGAAGAAAUUCUUCAUCUCCUGGUUUCCUCUAUUUUUAAAGGUAAUAUUGAAUAAUUUCCGACCCUUCCGAGAGCUUCAAGAUGCGCCCGUCUGACAGACAUGGUAUAGUCUUGCAUUAUCCUGGUGUGUAUAUCUGUAGUUUUUUUGCUGUAACAUAUUAGAAGCAUUUUAAAGUUAUACAUAGCAGUCCUUUUUAUGAUUGCGGUUGUUUAUAUUUUGUUUUGUAGGUACAUUUGUACCACUCCAAAGUGGGCACGUCUGCCUCAUUUUCAUAGGUUUUGUUUUUUCUUUAGGAAUUUUCCGUCUCUCUGUCCUAUUUCCACUGAUAACUAAAACAUUUCCAAGAAUGAUCUGCUCUCCAAAAGGAAAUACAUUUGAUAUAAAGCCCGAUGACAGAUUUUAUUGUUUUGGUGUCAGAAUUGAUCGACAAAAGUUGUGUAAAAAUCUCUUGUACAUUAAUGUCUAUGCUUGGCAUGCACAUAUCUUCUAGUCUGACUUUGCUUUUGCAGAUUUGCAGAAUAAAUCUUCCCUAUUUUUUUUUUCUUCAAAAUGAGAGGAAGAGCAUUAUUAGGAACAAAACCACAACAAUUCCCCAGAGGUGAUCCUUCAACAGUAUUGCGUCAAUAUUCAGCCGUCUAACUUAAAAAUCAAAGGUACAGACAUCAAUUUGAAAUUGAAGCCCAGCCUAUAAUGACACAGUGUAUAUUUGUAUUUGACAUUUUUGAAAAAAAUGUCUCCGCUUAAUUUGAUAUUAUGAAUGCCGAGACCAGUGUUUGAAGAUGCCUGAUGUAGUUUGACAGCAGAUGGACAGAUACCGUCUGGUUUUAGCAUUUAGAAGCGUCCUUUGUGUUCGUCUGUUCCUCUUUUUUUGAUGUUUUUGUUAACUGUACUGUAAUUUCUUUAAUAUGAUUUACUAUCUUGUACAUUUGUCAUAAUAAAAACGAAAUGAAA